UGGUUUUUUGAAACCCUUUUUGGCUAGCUGUAAAACCUCAGAAGUUCACAAAACCCUUUCUUGUCACUGAUAAGCCGAGAAACCUCGCUGAUACAAGGUUUCUGUCUGGUUCCCAAGAAACAGCAGGAAAACUAAGGAAGAAAGGAUACAGGAAAACUAAGGGGAAAUAUUGCCUUCAGUCCAUGAUUGAAUGAAGUAGUCUUUGAUGUUAAUAAGCAAAAAUUGGGUCAGCUGAGAGCGGAUUUUUCCAAGCCACAUGUUGCGAAUGUGGGUGAAGCCAUGCGGUCAGUUCUCACUGACCAUGCUAUCAUCGCACACACAUACAUUUAUAGUGUAUGCCGCCUACUCCAUCUCGGUUUAUCCCAAGGGGUAUCUCUAUAUCUCAAAUCCAGAAAUACAUUCCUAGAAAAUGGAGACAAGGUAUAGAACAAUACAAUAAGCCGUCCACAGCAUGCAAAUCAAAUGAUUCUGUCCCGGAAACAAACAGAAGCAGUGAUGAAUCUAUGAUUAAUUCCCUUUUUACAUCUCUCAAGGACUUUGCAAGCCAAGGCCACCUAUCAAAAGCAUUCAAAUCCUUCUCUCUUAUCCAGCUCCAUGCCUCUUCUUCUUCUUCUUAUGACCUUAUCUUACAUCCCAUCUCUUUUCUUCUUCUAUCUUGCACUAACCUUAAAUCACUCCCACAAGGUCAACAGCUUCAUGCUCAGAUUAUCUCCUUGGGUCUCGAAAAACACCCGAUUUUGGUGCCCAAGCUUGUUACUUUUUACUCAAGUUUUGACCUCCUUGCUGAAGCCCGUACUAUUACUGCGAAUUCAAGUAUUUUGCACCCUUUGCCUUGGAAUUUGCUUAUCUCUGCUUAUGUUAGGAAUAGGAUUUUUGGGGAGGCUCUCUCUGCCUAUAAAGAAAUGGUGGAUAAGGGGAUUAGACCAGAUAACUUUACUUACCCAUCUGUUCUCAAGGCUUGUGGUGAAAAAUUGGAUUUGGGUUUUGGUAGGGAGGUUCAUAAUUCUAUUAAUGCUAGCUCUGCUGGGUGGAACUUGUUUGUACAUAAUGCCUUGGUCUCGAUGUAUGGGAGGAUUGGGGAACUUGAUGUUGCUCGAAGCUUGUUUGACAAAAUGCCAGAAAAGGAUGCUGUUUCUUGGAACACAAUCAUAUCUGCUUAUGCCUCCAGGGGAAUGUGGGGGGAAGCAUUUCAGCUUUUUGAAAGCAUGAGAAUUACAACUAAUGAAGUGAAUAUCAUAACUUGGAAUACAAUAGCUGGUGGGUGCUUGCGAACUGGAAACUUUAAGGGAGCACUUGACUUGCUUUCUCAGAUGCGAACUUCUGGUGUUCUUUUGGAUUCUGUGGCAAUGCUUAUUGGUUUGGGUGCAUGUUCCCACACUGGGGCCAUUAAACUGGGAAAAGAAAUUCAUGGUUCUGCAAUUCGUAGCUGUUGUGAUGAGUUUGAUACUGUCAAGAAUGCACUAAUUACUAUGUAUUCUAGGUGCAAAGACCUAAGGCGUGCCUAUAUUUUGUUCCAAUUGGUAGAAAAUAAGAGCAUAAUUACUUGGAAUUCCAUGCUUUCUGGCUACAGCCACAUGGAUCAAUCAGAGGAAGCAUCAUUCCUAUUUAGAGAGAUGUUGCUUUCUGGAAUUGAACCAAGUUAUGUGACAAUUGCGAGUAUUCUUCCCCUCUGCGCUCGAGUGGCAAAUCUGCAACAUGGGAAGGAGUUCCACUGCUACAUUACAAAGCGUGAAGAGUUCAAGGACUAUUUGCUUUUGUGGAAUGCUCUUGUAGACAUGUAUGCAAGGUCAGGCAAAGUUUUAGAAGCCAAAAGAGUGUUUGAUUCAUUAAGCAAAAGGGAUGAGGUGACUUAUACUUCCUUGAUUGCUGGAUAUGGAAUACAGGGAGAGGGACAAGCUGCACUAAAAGUAUUUGAAGAGAUGGAAAGGUUCCAGAUCAAACCAGACCAUAUAACCAUGGUUGCGGUUCUAUCAGCUUGUAGCCAUUCUGGUCUUGUAAUCCAAGGCCAGAGGCUGUUUGAAAAGAUGCCUAGUGUUUAUGGUUUAAGUCCUCAACUGGAGCAUUACGCUUGCAUGGUUGAUCUAUUUGGCAGGGCUGGUUUGUUGCACAAAGCAAAAGAAAUUAUCAAAACAAUGCCUUACAGGCCAACUCCUGCCAUGUGGGCUACUCUAAUAGGAGCCUGUCGGAUUUAUGGAAAUACAGAAUUAGGGGAGUGGGCAGCUGAGAAACUGUUAGAAAUGAGGCCUGAAAAUUCAGGUUACUACGUCUUGAUUGCUAAUAUGUAUGCUGCUGAUGGUCGUUGGAACAUGCUAGCUGAGGUUAGGACUUCCAUGAGGGAUUUGGGUGUGAGGAAGGCUCCUGGCUGUGCUUGGAUCGAUGUGGGCUUGGGAUUUUCGCCCUUUAUGGUGGGCGACACAUCAAACCCCCAUGCAGAACAAAUUUACACUCUAUUGGAUGGAUUAAAUGAGCUAAUGAAAGAUGUGGGAUAUGUAGCAAGUGCGGAUUUUGGUUCAGAAGCAAAUUUUGUGGAAUAUGAUGAACAAUAGAAUUUAUACUAAACAAAGGACUGCUAACAUGUUUCAAAUGGAUUUAGAUUGCCAUUUAAAGAAGUACAGAAAGAACCACAAUUGUUGAACUUAUUUGAAGUGAAGAUAUUCUUUGUAGAAGGGGUUUACAGGGAGAAUGUAUGCUAAAGCAGCUAAACUCAGGAAUCAUAAACAUUGGGGCUCAAAAUUUGAGACCUUGGUUGCCCAUGGCACUCUUUGAGAGUGACUUCUACCUUCUUUAGUUUGCUAUAUUAAUUUUGCAGCAGAUUUUGAGUUCAUUGCUUCAGCGGCCUGUAUUUUUAUGGUUUCCAAUUUUACCAAAUUCCAUUGCCCUUAUUUGGGCAGAAUUGAUUAAUGAAAACAGGUAUGCAUCUCUGAAUUAAUACAGCAGCAUUUUUUGUUAGUGACCAAACUGAUGGUACAUUCAUAAUGUAUCAGUAUUGA